AUGGAUAUAUAUAUACAAUCAAGAAAAGUCUUUAUUUGCAGAAAAAAGGAUAUAGUUCUUCAUAUUUUUCUACAUUUGAAGUCUGAUUGUCAUAUUUCGCCAUCUAUCACUAAGGCAUUGAGAUUGGCUUUUCCUCAUAUUUAUAAGCCUACAGCUAUUCAAUCAAAGAUUUUUUCUAGUCUUAUUUCAAAGACUUCUUUAUUUAUUCGUAGCUGGACAGGAACAGGCAAAUCAUUUGCACUUGCUUUAUAUGCCUUGAACUGUACUCGAUCUAUUUCUAAGAAAAGACCUUAUAAUCCUACUUUAACAAGUGUUAUUUUGGUUCCAAAUAAUGAUUUAGCACAUCAAUACAAACAAUGGAUUGAAAAUAUUAUAAAAAACUAUGAAAAUCCUAUUAAACAUAUUGAAGAUAUUAUUCAAGUUUUAACAAGGAACAAUUAUGACGAAAAUCUUCAAAUUGAGAGAUUAAAGCAGUUUCCAAGUCCACAUAUUUUAGUUUCAACACCAAAUAGGUUAUUAGACAUAUUAAAUGAACUUGGAGAAAGUUAUAAGGAUUAUAUAGAUUUCAAAAAUCUUCAGUCUAUCAUUAUUGAUGAGGCAGAUCAUGUUCUUGAUCCAUUAAAAUGCUUUUCAAUAAAGAAAAUGAAGCAAAAUCGGCAUCAUUUGCCUCCAGGUCAAAUUCUAUUAGAUCAUAUUAUAACAUCUAGGAAUAAAACGUCUAAAACUAAGGCAGAGUUCAUUUCUGAUAAUUAUCAACUUAUUUGUUUAUCUGCUACUCUGGAUAAAAACUUAAGGCGCUUGAUUUACUCUAAAAAUUGGAACAGAAAUCAAAUUAUUCCUUUAAUAAAUAUGUCUGGCUUUGAUAAAGAUUCUGAUUCUGGAAUUCCAAUUGGAAUUAAUCAUUAUGUAUUAAAAAUAAAUUCAAUUGAACAUGAUAAAAUUCAUAUUAUGGAUGCUAUUCUACCUGAAUUUAAAAGAAAGGCAUUAGAUAUUAAGAAGAAAGCAGAAGAAAGAUAUAGGAAAAGGCUUAAACUCUUGAAAGAUGUUUUUAUGAUUAGCAAUUUGAAAUCAAAUUCUACUAGCUUGGAAGAUAUUAUUGCUAUUACUUUAAAUCAUUUGAUUAAAUUAGAUGAUGUAAAGAAUGCUAUAAUUUUUAUAUCACAUAAUCUUUCAAGAGCUGCAUUUGUUGAGAAAUGCCAUUUUCAUGGAUUGACAUCUGUUGUAGAAUUAAGAGAGUCAAUUACACAAGGCGAAAUAAAUCAAAAUAAAAUAUAUGUAAUAAACUAUUCAUCUGCACGAGGCAUUGACUUGCCUGGUUUAACUCAUGCUUACAUGAUAGGAAGACUUAAUGAUCAUGUAAAAUAUAUUCAUAUGGCAGGAAGAAUUGGAAGAAUGGGACAAACUGGAAAAAUGAUUUCAAUUAUACCAUCUUCAUCAGAAAAACUAAUAGAUGAUUGUUUUUCUAAAGAAGCUGCAAUGAUUCUUCAUAAAGCCAAGGUUAAUCUUACAUCUUACUUUACUGAAACACAUGGUCACGAAAUAUUCAUUGGAAAAAAAUAUAUUUAG